AUGGUGACACGAAAGCUGUCGUUCUUGCCCUUGGGCAAGGAUAGCGGUGGAGCUGCUACUGCUGUGGACGAGACUACUACUACUACAACAACUGCUGAUGAUGGAAAGACACCAGGAUUUCGUGUGUUCUCUUUCUUGCCCAAACAGGCGCAUGGGGAGGCGCCAUCGUCUCAUUGGCAUAUUUUACCAGAGGCAACAUCACCAUCUCAUGGCAAUGGGCCGUCAUUGGAGGAGGGAACUCUGACUGUCGCCGUUGGCGAUCGCGCCCAACAUUCUGUUGCACAUUCCCUGCCCGGCGCAUUUCCCGCGGGGGGAACCUCGUCAGCUUUUGGAGCUCAAAUGGAUAUAGCAACUAUUGUGGACGAGGAAGAACCCCCGGACAGCGCAACUCGAGCGAACUUGGAUCUGAACCAUGGGCUGGUGGAAGCCAGAGCCAUUGGCGAUGACGACGGCGGCAACCAUCAAAACUUGAUCCGAGCUCAAGAAGUAGUGGAUCCAAGCGCCAGUGGAAAGCGGAAUUCGCCUCCCUAUCAAUUGCUGCUAGGGAUCGGGCUGCUGUUCGUGGCGGCGCUCGGCACCGUGUUACAUCAGUUGACAAACUUUGCGGAACUCAACUUUGUAAACAACAACUUGCAGGGAACUAUACCAACUGAAUUGGCCUUGAUUACGAGCAUGAAGGAAAUUCGCGUGGGGAGCAUAACGGGGACAACAUCCCUGUUUGGACCAAUCCCAACGGAGCUGGGCAUGAUGACCGACUUGUCGGUUCUGUGGUUGACGAGGAGUCCACUACUAACUGGUACUCUUCCCAGUGAAUUUGGAUUGCUCACAGAAAUGGAGGAUCUGACUUUCAGCUCGAACUCCUUGUCGAGUUCCAUUCCAACAGAAGUUGGAUUGCUGACCAACGUGCUGUAUUUCAACCUUUAUGGCAACUUGCUAACCGGGUCAUUGCCCAGCGAGUUGGGGUUGUUUUCCAACCUGAAAGGCCUGUUUCUCAGUCGCAACUACCUAUCUGGAACACUUCCAAGCGAGCUUGGAUUGUUGACUGACUUGGAACAGCUGUACCUUCGGGGGAAUGACCUUUCGGGCAGCGUGCCAUCUGAGCUUCAAAUGCUCCUCCCUGACAUAUAUGACCACGACUUGGCAGAUUUGCCACUGCUCACAGGAGUGGACCCGUAG